GCCACAUGAAAUUCUAUAAAUUUCGUCGGUAAUCUUCACUAAAAAUAAUCUAAACGUAUCUUACGAAAUCAAACACCCUACUUCCUAACCAUGCCUAUCUUUUCCGAUCACGCAUAUACUUCAAUCACCAUCAAAAUCAACCAGCUCGCCGAGCACACUAACACCGACACCGACGAGGACCUGUUGGAGCUAUAUCUUUCUGAUCUUCUUGAAUUGAUCAAGAUACAACCUAGUUCUGGAGCCAAGGAGGCUGCCCGUGCAGUUAGAAAGAAGAUCAAGUAUGGAGAAGGUGUGCAAGAACAGCUUCGCGCCUUGCAGAUUUUAGAAUUGCUUGUGUUGAAUUCAGGCACGGCUAUAGGGAAAAUCAUUGCCCGUGAUGAUAAGCUAAUUGAUGUUCUUCAAGGGAUUAUCCGUGGUAAUGGAAAGACUGGCGAUGGUGUUGCAUAUGACAAAAGGGUUAAAUCGAGAGUUGUCGCUAUGGCUAAAGGUUGGAAACAUGAAUUGGCUGAUAUGGGUGAUGAGUACAAGUACAUGCAAGGGUUGUACAAAACAAUUCCCGGGGCCAAGAGAAGAGAUCGCGAACGUGAACGAAGUGAACGUGGUAAUGAUCGUGAAGAUCUGUAUGAUAUUCCUGAUGACUCUCGUGACGCAUUCAAUGACGAAUCAGCAGACGUUUCCCCACCAAGAACUCCACGCAGAAGAAGAAGAGAAACCCCAAGAGAGACUCCUCGUGAUACUCCUCAGGAUUCUGCCAGAGAAAUACCAAAAGAAGACAAGAAAUCAAAGAAAAAGUCUAAAAAGAAAAAGGGAAUUGUAUAUGCUGAUCAAGAAUUUGAAAUCCCACAGAUUAACUACAAGGUAGAAGCACCCAAGAUCAGAGAUCUCCUUGCAUCCUCGUACACUCACUCAACAACGUUAUCCAACUUGCUUCUUCAACUUCCAGGAGGUGAAUCGCCCUUAGAUAACGAUAAAUGUCUUGAUGAAUUUCAAAACUGUAAGAAAAUCCGCCGGAAAAUCUUACACUAUUUACAAUAUGUCGGUGCUGGGUCAUCCAGUGCUAAAUCUUCCGAGGUUGCUGCAUUAGAUGAGGAGUUCUUGGGAAGUUUAAUUAGUGCCAAUGAACAAUUAGUAGAAGUGUUUAAGAAGUUUGACAUCAAGGCAGGUUACAACAAUGCUCAAAACAGUGUCCCUACUUAUGGAGAAGAAAGUGACAGCGAUAGCAGUUACUAUACUGAAUCAGACAGUGAAGAUUCAAUCGAAGAAAGAAUGAAUCAUAUGAAUUUGAACAAGUCUCCUCCACCACCCCCAAAAGUAAGAUCCCCUCCACCUCCAAGACCAAGCAAACCAGCGGCAUUAUCCAAACCAGUUCCUGUGGCUCAAGUGGACGAUAACCCAUUUGGCGAUGGUAAUGCUGUAUCUCAUUCAAUUUAUGAUUAGCUAAGUGUAUAUUUUAAUUUUUCUUACCAAUGUAUUGCUAUAAUAGACUUUUAUUAAUAACGAUAUCAAUACGAGUGCU